GUCAAAUUCUCUGCAUUUUCCAAAGGAAAUCGCUCAAAACUCACUCCCCAAUUUCACCUUUUCCCACUUUCAGGAUUUCUGCAGAAUGAGAAACAGUGUUGAGUGUUGCAGCUCUGAUUCUCUUCCUCAAUUCCUAUUUAGAGCACUACAACAGCAGCAACAGAGGUUGCAGCCUUCUUUCGAUACAGACAGCUUCCAAUGUGGAAGCAGAGAAUCUUUCAAAGUUUGGAGCUUUGAUUUGGGAAUUGAAGAGAGAAUAUUCCACAGAGGGUAAUAGAAUAUGCCCUUGAUUUAUCUUUAAUUUUUUUAUCUUCCUUCCCUCUUUCAUCCGUUGCUGAAUCUUCUCUUUAGUUUUUGCUGAAUUACAACAAUAUUUUUAUCUGGGGUUCGUGAAUUGCUCCCUUGGUUGGUACCUUUAAAUUAGGCAAAACCUUAUAUUAAGAUAUGAAUUUAUCUCAAAUUCUCGAUUAAAUUCUUAAAUUUUUA